AAUUUCGGACAAAUCGAUGUUCUUUUGACUGCGGCGGGGAUUGUCGACAAUGCUCCCGCGGAGGAAUAUUCAUAUGAGCGGUGGAGAAAAAUGAUGAGUGUGAAUCUUGACGGAACCUUUUUAUGUGCGAGGGAAGUUGGGAAGCAUAUGAUUAAGAAGAAAGUUAAAGGGAGUAUGGUCCUUGUGGGUAGUAUUUGCGGACAUGUAUCUGUUCGGCCGCAGAAACAGUGUGCUUAUAAUGCGAGUAAAGGGGCUGUCAUAAUGCUGGCUAAAUCGCUUGCGACAGAAUGGGCCCGUCAUUCCAUUCGCGUAAACAGUUUAUCGCCAGGUUACAUACGAACAGAUCUUAUUCUCGACUUGCUUGACAAAGAGGGCGGCGAAUUGGUUGAUUCGUGGGUGAAGGAUACCCCAGCACUCCGACUAGCACAUCCAUCUGAACUCCAGGGUACCGUCGUGUGGAUGGCGAGUGAGGCGAGCAGCUUUCUAACGGGGUCUGAUGUUAUUGUUGACGGCGGCUAUACUUGUUAUUAG